AUGGAACGUCGAGCCGGGUUGGGCUGGUAUUAUGUCAUCACGGAUACACAGGACAAACUCAUGGGAACUUGCAAUAUGAGGCGAGGAAUAUCGACCCUCCAGAGUGAACUGGAGACCCUUAUUUGGGCUAUGCAAUGCAUGUUAAGGUAUAACAAAUUAAAAAUGUUGUUUGAAACGGAUUGUUCCGAUGUGGUGAAGAUGCUGUUUAAGCCAGAGGAGUGGCCGGCGUUCGCAAUUCUUCUUGACGAGGUUGACCGAUGUAAACGGAGAUUUACCUCCUUCUCCAUCAUGCACAUACCUAGGACGAAAAACACGAAGGCAGACAAGUUAGCACGGAGUGCUCGAGCUCUACCUACUGAUGUGUAUUAUGUAAACUUUGUUUCACCAGCUUAG